AUGCAUCUCAUCACUGACUUGAAGCAACGGGGAUCAGAGGUUGUGCCUGUGCAAGGCAUGGCUGCUUUGUGCCACAUGCAAUGGUGGAUUUUCACAAGGGAGAAAGCACUUAGACAGAUGAAUAUGGACUAUGCAUUGUGUGAGGCAUUAAAGCACAACACCGAUGGUAUUUGGCAUGCAUUGACAUUCUAUGAUGUCAACUGCCAGUACCAUAAGUAUCUUAAGAACCGUAUUGCUGAGAGUUCUUUUUUGGACAUUCCAGAGCAGCUGGAAAUCAUACUAGGAAUUGGCCUUUGGCAUGUUCAUGGCCAUCAGGACAGCUGCUAUGUGCGCUACGCCUCAAGCUUUAUCAAGGGCGCCACAUGUAUUGACGGUGAGAUCAUGGAGUUUUCUUCGGCGUGUGGAAUAGGGAUGCUGCACCACAAGGAGUGCUUGGAUUAUCAAAUGAAUGAUUGUAACUUCAUGAAAAUGAUUAGGAUGAGUAAAGCCAUUUGCCACAAAUUCAGACAAGUGGUAAAAGGUGUUGCCGAAAGCACCGCCACCUUUGAGAAGCUUAAUGAUAGCACCGAUGCCAUCAAAGUUCAGCAUUGGGAGGAACAAGAGAGACUUGCACAAGAACACACCAACAAGAAAACAAAAUUAACUGCAGUUGUUAGUACAAGAGGAGCAGCAACAUGGCUGGCGGAGGGCAUAUCAAUUGAGGAGGCACAGGUGACACUCCAGAUAGAUGUCAGAAAAUUGGGGAGGUAUCCCACCAAACAUCAGCAGUUAGAGAUUGCACACCGUCAUGAGAGACUACAAGGAAAAAUUGAUUGUUGGGAGGCUAUUGGUCUUAGAUUUCUCGGCAAUGGAAUUGGUGAUGGUGAUGUUCAAACUUUGGAACAGGAGUUUCUUAUUCUAGAAGAUGACGAAGAUGAAUACAUCAUGGAUGAAUUUGGACUCUUUGAGCCAGAAAAGAUAUUCAUAUCCAUGUCAUCCAAUCUAGGUGUAGAGAAAUGCACUGACAUUGGCACUGCCGACCUCAUUCAACAGGAACUUACUCUUGGGAGGGACAGGCGAAUGAUGCCCUUCACAACAUCUGAGUGCAUCUUGCAGACAAGGCAGUCAUUUUCCGCACCUCUGUCAGAGCAGCAAAAUCACAGGCCAAGUCUACUAGAGCUUGGGUGCAAGUUCAUUCAGUGGACAGGAUUUAAACUCAGCGCCGACAAUACAUUGCUCGAGAGAUAUUGUCCAUUGGCCAAGGAGCAUCUGAAGGUUAGCACAGCUGUGGCAGAUCCAAAUGCAAGAGGACAGAGAAUCAACACCUUGGCACGGUUUUGGUCUAUGGAUGUGGAAAGGGAUUCCAACAGCAGUGACUGGUUGAAUGAAUUUUACCAUGUACAUUGGCUGCAUGCAAAGGCCAUGAUGGAUCAUUGGAAGGAGGAGCUCCUGCUUGUGCAGUAUGAGAUGAAUUGGACAUGCAAGUUCUUUCUGCACAAAGCAGAGCAAUGGAUCCAUUUGUCUAUCGCUGCCCAGGAUAAGCAAUCCUUGGGACAUAUUGCCUAUGUGGCAUGGCAGAGGAAAAUGUAUCAGGCGCCUAUAUGA